AUGAUUAAUAGAAAAGACAUGGAGCCACGAAGCUUACUGGAAUUAAUUGAUGACAUCCAGCGGUUGGGGCUGCACUACAAGUUCGAAGACGACAUAAACAAUGCCCUUCACAGGAUUGUUUCAACACAAAACUUGAAAGACGAAUCACAGAAAAAAAGUCUGCAUGAAACUGCCCUCCUUUUCCGCCUUCUUAGACAACAUGGAUUUGAUGUCUCACAAGAUGCAGAUGUUUUUGACAGUUUCAAAGAUGAAGAGGGGAAAUUUAAGGCUGAAAUUAGCCAUGAUGUUGAAGGAAUGUUAAGUCUAUACGAGGCAUCCUACUUGAGCUUUGAAGGAGAAAGUGUGUGGGAGGGAAAUGCAUUUUCAAGAACAUGUCUGAUGAACUUAAUAAAAGAGGGGAUAGAUAAGGAAGUGGGUGAAGAAGUUAGGCAUGUGUUGGAGGGGCUUCCCUUGUGGUGGAUGGACCUUGGCCUCACAACCAAACUGAAUUUUGCUCGAGAUAGAUUUGUGGAAUCUUUCUAUUGGUCGGUGGGAAUGGAACCUGAACUUAUAUUUGCUAAUUAUCGUGAAGAACUCACGAAAGUGGGAAAAUUGAUCACAAUCGUAGAUGAUAUGUAUAUGAUGUCUACGGUACUCUGGAUGAGUUGGAGCUCUUCACAAAUGUUGUCGAAAGUUGCAUACCUGAGUUCCAGAUGGGAUGUAAAUGCCAUGAACACUCUACCAGACUACAUGAUGUUGUGUUUCUUAGCUCUUUAUAACACUGUUAAUGGGAUGGCUUAUGACAUCUUCAAAGAACGGGGCAUAAAAUGUCUUCCUUACCUCACCAAAGCUUGGUCUGAUUUGUGCAAAUCAUACCUGCAAGAAGCAAAAUGGUAUUACAAUAAAGUGAUUCCACCAUUGAACGAGUUCCUUGACAAUGGAUGGAUCUCAUCCUCAGGUGGAGUUCUUCUUACUCAUUCCUUCUUCUUAGUCACUCCAGACCACGACAUCACAGAGCAAUCGCUUCAUUCCUUAGCUAAUUACCAUGACCUCUUGCGCUCUUCAAUGACCAUUUUAAGGCUUUGCAAUGAUUGGGGAACAUCCUCGGAUGAGAUUGAGAGGGGUGAAAUUUCAAGUUCAAUAUUAAGUUACAUGCAUGAAACUGGUUUCUCGGAAGAAAAAGCCCGUCUACACUAUAAAACAUUGAUUGAAAAAGAAUGGCGUAAGUUGAAUAAAUACCAAGUCAUGAACUCUACGUUUUCCAAAUCUUUCGUAAAAGUUUGCAUUAACCAUGCUCGGACUGCUCAUUACACAUACCAAAUUGGAGACGGAUUUGGACGACAAGACGCUGUAUCAAAGAACAGAAUUCAGUGUUUGCUAAUAGACCCUAUUCGAGUUAAUGUGGCAUGA